CGGAAUUGGGAUCUGAUUGGACAGUUUUGAGCGGAAUCGGGAUCUAAUUGGACCUGAAAACACGACGUACUGGCUAUGCAUCUGCCAGCCGUCUGAAAGUGCUCUGUGGCUUGGGGUGCGCCGCGGAACGGCAGCGUAUAUCCUUGUUUUGGAAAGUGAUGGCUUCCCCAGAGAUUGCAUCCCUGUCCUGGGGUCACAUGAAGGUUAAAGGGUGCUCCUCCUCCUACAAAGACUGCAAAGUCUGGCCUGGGGGAAGUCGGGCCUGGGACUGGAGAGAGACUGGCACUGAUCAUUACCCAGGAGUUCAGCCUUCUGACCUGGAGGAGGUGCUAAGGAAGGGGGUGGACACUUUGGUCAUUGGGAGGGGCAUGAGCGAAGCUCUGCAGGUACCUCCUGCCACCGUAGACUACGUGACGAAGCAGGGAGUAGACGUGGUGGUGCUUCAGACUGAAAAGGCUGUGAGAGAGUACAACUCCCUGGCUGGGAAGGGAGCCAAGGUGGGCGGCGUCUUCCAUUCUACCUGCUGAUGACAUCACAGGCACAGCGAUAGAGCGGUCUCAGCAGGUGGGAUUGCGUACCAAAGCAGGCGCCCAGAUCCCCCAUCUGCCUUGAUAUUUAAGGUGAAUUGGCAGGAAGUAUAUAAGGGUGUAAAUGGAUUUUUAACACUGGCUGAUCUUUUGUUGUGACUGUAAAAAAUAAUAAACAGGAGGCUACUUUGAUCUCCUCUGAGUUUGACUGCA